AUGGAGUCAUCUGGGCGUAUAUCUGUCGCCAGCCACGAGGUCGACCGCAACGUCGACGACAACGCCAAGAAGGACGUUACUAAAGCCAAAAAGAAGGUCAAAGACCGCGUACCCAAGGUCGAAAACUAUAUCAAGAAGCGCGUCACAAGAGUCAACAACAAGACCAGAAGACAACCUGCACCACGCAAGGCCUCGAAAGAUCCUAAGAAGAAACCCUCCUGUUAUGCGACGUUGCCUGGCCUGCAAGACCUCUACUCACCACUUCCACUCCACAGGGGCUCUUCUCCACUCCUGCCGCUCACCGAGUACAACCUUCGCGCACACACGCAGCAGACAAACCCAGGCAAGCAGCCCAUCAUCAUAACAAACACCAUGAGCGCGACCACCGGGGAUCAGGAGAUAUUCGACAACCUAGAAGAGUUGAGGAUCUUUGGCGUAGUAAUUGAUUCGCAGCAAGCUCCCCCUCCAGAGCUACGCGCACAUGUCCUGCGCAUCCGCGACACCCCACGUCAGGACAAUGGCUCCCCAUCAGCCGGGAAUAUUAUGAACAAUGCUAGAGUACUACAGGCCAUACGGACUGAGCCCACCGUUAUAAGCAUCCUCUGCCCCAAUCUAAUGUUCCGCAGUGCUAUACAGAAGAAUGGCGAAAAGUUCACUUGGUGGGAACAAGGAACCAGGCUGAACCCCGAGUACGUCACCAGAGACCACAAGGGCUCAAUACUCGCACUUACCGCGCCGAUUACAGACGCCUGCAAUGGAUACCUUCGCCGUGGAACUGCAAGACUGUCGCCAUUCUUCCCAGCCUGCCCUUUCACUGAGGAAGAGGAGGCUAAGCUGCUGCAGACGCCUGGAUUGCCACCAGUUCUGCUCGAAACUUUGGUUCCCUUCCUCACAGCCCAGUUCAAAACCAGUACCGGCCAAGGUCUGAUGGUUGCAAAGCAUCAGAGCGCUCGUGAUGGUGCUGCCAUCUGCGAGUACCUCCACAGACUAUUCACGCACAGCAAAAUCGUAUUCUCAGAAACACAUACAUGCCACUGGUCGGUAACAUGCAACACUCAAACUACUCACCUGUUCCUGCACUGGCGAGAGCAGACCAGCUCAGGUCCUCGCUACCACAUGACAGAGAUAGGUAUGGCAGGGCUCACUUCGAACGUGAUAGAAGGCGACAAUCCAGAGCUGCGCCGCAUUAGGGACCGCCUCCGCAACAUCUAG